UAUCGGGGCGAUGAUGAAUGUACAGCCACUAUGCCUCCGUAUGGUACACGCAUUGAAGAAGGUGGGAAUACUUAAGAGAAUCAAUGCCUCGAUUAUCAGAAUCAUUCCAUCACAAGCAUCGCUCUCCUUCGUCGCAUAUACCAAGUAAAGCGCAACUCAAUUCUUCUCAGGAUUAUCUCAUCUCAAAGACAACAUGGCUCUCGCUCCGAGCAAUAUCGAUCCCGACCACCUUAUUCUUUAUGCCUACACACCCUCAGCCGCCGCUGCUGGCGCCUUCAUGGGGAUCUUUGGAGUAGCGACUAUUGCCCACAUCUUCUAUCUUCCCAAGCUACGACAAUGCUUCUUCAUCCCGAUGAUUCUUGGCGGUAUUAUGGAGGUUGGUGGCCUUUAUGGUCGAUUCUGGGGCCAUAGCGAUCAGAACAACUUCAAAGCAUAUGUACUACAAGCUCUGCUCCUGACGCCAGCACCCAUAUUCCUCGCGGCCACGAUGUAUAUGACACUAGGCAGAGUUAUCGUUGCUUUGGACUCGGACAGAGACCAUACUCUCAUCCGUCCACGUUGGCUGUCGAAAGUCUUCGUGUUUUUCGACAUUGUCUGCUUUGUGGUCCAGAUAGGCGGUAUAGGGAUGCAGUGCUCUAUCUCAGCCUCGGCACAGAAGAAUGGCCGUACUGUCACGAUCAUUGGUCUGAUCCUCCAGAUCUUCAUCUUCGCGUAUUUCAUCAUCGUGGCACUGGUUUUCCACAGACGCAUGAAUGCUCGUCCUACCGCAAUCUCGGUCCACCACACCAUCCACUGGGUCAGACAUUUGCGCGUCAUGUACGCGACCAGUGUUCUGGUGAGCGUCAGAAACAUCUUUCGUGUCGCUGAAUAUGUCGAAGGCGCUGAUGGUGCGAUCGCACACUCAGAAGUGUAUCUCUACAUCUUUGACUCAGCAUUAAUGGCGGGCCUCAUGUGGGCAUUUGUCAUUGUACACCCUGGCAGACUUCUCAGAGCGAUCAAGAAGCUGAAGAAUCGCCGCUCUGCAGAGAUGGCGGAAGGAGAAAAGCUCGUGGCGCGCCAGGACGCGUAUCAGCAGAUGGACGCAUAAGCAGUAGACUCGUUGACCAUAGAUCGCUGGCUAUCUGGCCGUUGAAAGUAUAGAUUUCCUUUGUCCUUUUCCUCGCUUCUGUCCUUAGACUAGCCGGUUUCCUCUUGACAUACAAGACGAUGUUGAUGCAAAUGAACCUCGUCCUGACUAGCUCUCACACACCAUGCAGUGUUACGUACUGGUAGAUAGGCUGUGAUAGCCUUGCACCUGACAUGUUCCGAUGAAUUAGAAGCGCACGAGGAUAUACACAUGCCGGUAAUCCAAGAGAUAGAGGUCGCGAUUGAGGUCGAGGUGGAGCGAGGCA